AUGGAUGCACCAGCGAAUGAGGAUCAGGAGGGUUUGGAAAAUAACGCGGCGGACCCAGAGUUUAUUGGCGAGGAGGAGGCUGAAUCCGAAGAAAUCUCGCUGGAUGAGGAGCCAGCUUCUGGGAGGAUUAACCAGGCCGGGAGAGGGAGAGAGGCGGCUGCUCCUACCACACAGAUUCCAGACGAGGCAGGAGAGGCUGCCACGGAUGACACAGACGUCCCGUCACCAUCAGACCUGGCAGAGACGGAUGGGGUUUGGCAGAUGGCAGGGGAAUGGAACGUGGACCUCCUCCAGAGAGGAGACCAACCGUUCCUUGUGCGCCAUCUCCCACCUCAGCUACUGGACCGCUACUGCUUGUGCCUGCUGGCCCCACUAUACAGGCUGCAGAAAUAUCCCACUUGUCCAGGUGGUUGGACGAUACUGCACUUCCUCCCGAGGCUCACCCUCAGACCAGCAUUGGAACCAGUCACUGGAAGCCGCUGGGCGAUAAUUGAAGCGCGCCUGCACAAGUUCCAGCGUGGGGAGUGGGAAGAGCUCUUUGAGGAGGCAGGGGUAAUCCCCGCCACAGAGGGCCCGAUACGACACCAAGAUGACGAGGAGGGGGUUUGUGCACGAGCGGAGGGUUUGAUGAAAAAAGUCCAGCUAGGUGUUGCGGUGCCAGGAGGAGCGGAGUGCGUCAUCCAUGCAGUUCGUGCCUUGCUUCGAGAGGAUAAGACCAGGAUCGCUCUGCAGUUGGACGUUGAGAAUGCGUUCAAUAGUGUAGAACGACAGGCCUUCCUCGGGGCGCUGCAAUGGUCUAACCUAAGCCCGCUCCUCCCGCUGGUUCGAAACCUCUACGAUGGCCCCUCUCGCCUGCUCGUCGACCCCCGACUCGGCACUGAUCACAUCUUGAGUACCAGGGGCGUGCGACAGAGCGACCCCCUCGGACCACUCCUCUUCGCAGCGGCCAUUCAACCCGCCCUCCUCGGCGUCGCCGCGUCUGUGCCGGAAGUCGCCAUCAUGGCCUACGCCGACGACAUCACUGUGGUCGGCCCGCCCGAAGCAGCAUGCCUAGCGUUCAACUCGAUCUCAGGCAAACUGGCGGAGCUGGGGCUUCGCUGCAACUUUGCCAAGUCGUCGGCGUGGACCCCCUCAGAGGGAGGAGACAAUGACGGACUACCGAAAGGAUUGGUGGCCAACCAGGGAGGGAUAAAGCACUGA